GACAAUAGGUGGCGAUGACGGGGCGAUGAGGCAUAGCGGCAGCCAAACUGCGCAAACCGUUGGGAUCCGGAGAAGGCGCGAAGGUAAGGAAGAACAAGGCUGGGCGAGUGUUACCUUGUCCGUAGGGUGCUGUACGUAUGCCGCGUCUGCAGGGACGGCCCGAGCGAGCUGUACAAUAGGCCAAAGCGGGCUGAAUGGGAGCGUCGAUUCAGGCAGGCCUGAGGUCACAUCUGACGAUCGCUCGACGCCCGAACGGGCGAGCAAUUGGGGCGCUCUGCAUUCUUGCACGAUCGCGAGCACCCGCGGAGCGUAUCAAGCCAAACACACACCGAAUAGAACGCCCGCAUUUGUAGACAACACGAAGGCCAAAGCGGCCGCAUGCGCGCGCGAGCUCCAGGUGGCGUCGACGAGCCGCCGGCUAUUGUACCGCAUUUGGGCGGCGUCCACAAACAAGCGUCGCACCGACGCGAAGCACGAAGUGACUCUGGCGGUGGCAGGGACGUGCAACCGCCGUCCGCUCGAGCUCUUUGAUCGACGCUUUUCGAGCUGCGACUGAUCGUUCCACGCAGGCACAGUUGUUCGGGGCACUGCAGGCCAGUCUUGGGCUGAGACGCCGAUCCGAAUAGUGCGACGACGUCGCGUCACACUCGAAGGGGGACGCUCUAUAGCCAGCUAGUUCGAAUGCAGCAGACACUGGAACAUGCAGCUGCGGUGCCACCGUCACUGUCCCUCACGGGCCUCAGCGCACCAUCGCGGACGUCCCGACGGAAGUCGGCGUGAUGGCCAAUCAAACCGCGGGGUGAUUGGCGGGAGCGUGUAGGGGGCUCG